AUGCAAGAAAUCUUCCCAGAGUUAGGGCUAGUGAAAGAAGACUGCAUAGAAAUGAGCUGGAUCCGAUCCACCUUAUUCAGCUUCCAAUUGCCAAUCAAUCCACUUGAAACUUUGCUCAACCGGACUCAGGCCGAUCUGAGGCAGCUCAAAGCCAAGUCAGAUUAUGUUCGAACUCCAAUUCCUUUGAACGCGAUUAAAGGCAUGGUGACUUUGUUGCGUGAACCAGAAGCAGAUGAGACUAUUUACUACAUGGUGCCAUAUGGCGGAAGAAUGGGUGAAAUACCAGAAUCGCAGACUCCGUUUCCUCACAGGGCCGGUGUACUCUACCAACUUGCCGGCUUCACUUACUGGCAAAACUCUAAGGCUGCAGACGCGAGCAGUUACAUAAGCUGGAGUCGCAGGUAUUAUCAAUACAUGACUCCUUAUGUGUCAAGCUCGCCUAGAGAAGCGUACUACAACUACAGAGAUCUCGACAUUGGAGUGAAUAACCCUAAUGGGAAGACAAGUUAUGCACGAGCAAGCAUUUGGGGGAAGCCAUAUUACAAGGAUAAUUUUGAUCGUCUUGUUCGGGUGAAGACAGUUGUUGAUCCGGCCAAUUUCUUUAAGAAUGAACAGAGCAUUCCUGAUACGGAUCGUACCGACAGGGGAGUCAGAGAAGACGCACAUGAACAGACAUGCUCUUGGAUAGCUCGAGCGGAGGUAUCAAAGUAUGUAGUAAAAUCGACAUACGAGAAACCACGCCGACAGAAGAGGCUGCGUGAUUACAUUGCGGAUUACGUGCCGUGA